GAUCACCUUCACUUUCUCCCGCGAUGGUGAUGAAGUGCACCUGUCCGGACUUGCUGUUGCUCGAGAGGAAUCCAAGGCGAAGGUGAAGGCAAAAGCAAAGUCCAAAAAGGAAGGGAAGUACGAUGAGUUCGGACGGAGGAUCGACAAGCUGAAGAAGAAGGAGGUGUCCUCGUCCGACGAGGAUCUCGACGACUUCUGCCCGUCCUCCAAGAAGAACGCGGACUUUGAACGUGAGCUGAGGAGGAUGAAGAAAAAGGUUCGGGAAGGUAUGACCGAACAGCAGAGAGAGGAAAUGGAGAACCCGUGGCUUCACACGCAGAUCUCUGACCAGGAGCGAGAGCUCAAGAAACAGAUGUUCAGAAGCUUCUACCAAGAACAGUAUGCACGGUUGAAGAACAAGGCCCAGCCCGACUACAAGCAGUACGAGAAGAGUGAUCCUACAACCGGGCAGUCGGUUACAGGUGGAAACUUGACGGCGGAGGGUGGGCAUCGCCCCCUUCCACGGCCAAAAGGAGUCAAGCUGCCAGCAGACUUCCGGAAGCAAGUCGGACGGAUCUCUCAGAAAGAGUUGCUCGAGAAGCACUCCUGCAAAGGCCAAAGAAUGUUGAUAUCCGUGUACGGUGACCUCUUCGACGUUUCAGAUCGACCCGACAAGUAUGGACCUGACGGCCCAUACUGGUACAUGACUGGGAAAGACAUCACAUGGGCACUGAUGAGUGGAGAGGACACCGAGGAGACUAUGGACAAAUUCUACGACGUCUUCAAGAUUCAGCCGGCAGAAGCCGCAGACAGGCGGCUGCAGGGCUUGAUGAGCUGGUGGGCCUUCUAUGAGAAGGAGUACGGCAAGCCUGUCGGCCGGAACACUGCCUACGACAAGGAGUGGGGCUUGCCAGCCCCGCCUCACAUGGCAGAUGGGCUGACGCCGCUGCUUUGGGGCUCCCUGUUUUACAGCCACACGGUGUUGCGAUUGCCGGAUGCGGCCACGCUUUUAGAUUUGCAGGUCUCGCUCUCCGGGUGCGACGUCCUGACGGUGCCCGGUUCCGGUGCAGAGGCCCAUCUCAGCUAUUGGCACCUCUUGGGUUCCGGAUCUAUGGAAAUCGUGAACCACACGCUGCGCGUGCAUGCCAUGUACAACCGCAAGUUCGUUAUGCUCGGCUGUGUGUUUGUUCUUCAUUUGCCUGAAUUCAGAGCAGGAUCUGCCCAAUUCAAUUUCAACUUCGUCAACAUGACUGUUCAGCAGGAUGGCUUCAGCGAGGGAGAAGACUCCCAAACUUCGAAGCAGAUGGCUAGCGUAAGCAUCUCUGAUCUGCAUGCUCGUGGAGGAUUUCAUCUUGAGAUCUCAACGACGGCGCGCACCACUCUGUCCGAGAUCAGAGCAGCAUCGCUUCAGGUCCAUGUCAAGGGUGGCUACAUUGGACUUCACCACAGCCGUGCUGAGCAUGGCAAGGCUGACAUCCACGCACAGGAUGCGAUGGUUUCGAUCAGCACAAAGGGUGUUCCUGUUAAGGCCGAAAUCCCAGAUGAGAUCUUCAAAUAUGCAGCAUUGUCAGCACCCACUGUCCACCAGGCGAGCAAUGCUACCGGCAGGCUGCGCUUGUAUCAGCUGUCGGGACUAUCGGCUGAUGGUUGGAUUGACGAAGCGCUGGAAGUCAGAAUUGAUGGAGAAGGCAGCACGGCCUACAUCCAGGCCUCCGAUCCUCUGACAAGUGAGAUGUGCAAGGCGCCGCUGCAGGUCGUUAGGGGCUCUGUGGCAGCCCAAGAGGGCACGGUGCUGCUUCCUGCAACCCGAGAGCUCUUGGGUAAGCUAUCGAAAUGGCUGCAUCAAGCCAAGGGAAAACAGGAGCCCAGGUACGUGGUGAAUGUGCACCUAUUGGCGCCCAAUGCCCCGACCGGCAUGCUGAAGCUCCUCUCGUCCACAGUAUACCACGCGAUGUCGCUGUCCCUGGCCUCGAUUGUGACAGGCGGAAUGUUGCGGCCGCGGGUUCUCCGGAUCGUAGCACCGGUCUCCGGCAUGCGCUGGCUCUUCCCGCAGGAUGCGUGCGAUCCUGGCAUCGGGAAUCUAGAUGAUGCACAGCUCCGCUUCGGAGAGCAGCAGCUGCAAGCCAUCUCGCCAGAGGUGGACAUCGUGGGCAUGAACCUCACCUCUGCGAGGUGGAUCUGGGAUCCCAAGGGUUCCAAGGCUUACGUCUUUGACAAGGUCGAUGCGAAGUCUACUUACUUCUGGAGGCCUCGGCUUCUGACCGUCAAGGACUUCUGGAUCUUCCUCGCUGCGUCGGGCAUCACGUUAUCCAUGGGCCUGGCGGCCGGCGUGGUGGUCUUGCUGAUCCUCGGCUUCCUUGUCAUUCCCAGCCUACGAGAGGAGCUCAGGAAGAUCGCGACCUUCAGGACUGCAUCGUACAGGAUGCAGUGCUCCAAAGACAGCGAAACCUGGGCUUUGCAUCCAAGCAUGGUGCACUGGCCCACGAGGGGAGUGCUGCUGCGCUGGGCCAAGAGGCCGAAAGCCAAGCGGUUCUCGACGAUCUGCUGCCAGGCAAGGCUGUGGCCGGACGCUGCCUCGCUGGAGGGCUUCAAGGGAAUCGUGCGGACGCGACAUAUCGCUGUGGACAAGUUGCCUUGCCCGGAGGAGUUUCCGGAUAUUCGCUGCUUCCUUUUCGUAGUGGAUGUGAAGCAGGACGUCGGGGGAAAGCAGUACUACCGGAAAGAGUAUGACGUGGAGCUCGCGGCAAUAGGAAAGCUGCAGGCAGAGCAGGAGCAGCCUCCCCUUCAUGCUGGUCGGCCAUAUCAAUUUCAGGUCAUCGCCUUCGAUGACGCGGGAGCCCUGAUCGAGACAUCCGCGUGGUCGCGGCCCACGAUGAUCGACGCUCCUAGGAAAUUCGUAGAACUUCCCCUGCUACUGUGGCAAGGCUGGUGCCGCAUCUUGCCGUCCAGCACCUUUAACCACUUCCUGAACAAACACUGCGCGAUCCUUCCAGAGGACCCGACCAUGCGGAUCAGGCUGAAGCGGCUUCGGCUGACCCUAGUUGCGCCGGGUCCGCCGAGCUUGGCGGGUGCUCCGCCAUCAGUAGCCGGGACAGAGGCCCAGGUUCAAGAGGUUCAGGUCUGCUUCUCGGCGGGAGGCAACUUCAAGGCAACCGACCACGUGAAGCUUCCGUCGCAGGACGAACGAAGUGAGAAGCGGCUUGUGGAGCCGCUCUCCAAGGUCUUCCCAGGCUCCAACCGGAUUGACCCAAAGCAAGGGUGCAUCGUGCUGGAUGCAUUCAGCAAAGAGCUUGAGCUCGAUGUCGGCCAAGAUGUGGGUGAUCAGCUCACUAUUGAAGUCUCCGUGACAUCGGAGGAUGGAACCGAAACUACAGCUGCAAAGUGGCGGCAUAAUUGGUCGUAUUUGCUGGAUGUCUUCAUGCAUCGCAGAUCGGCCACGCAGGAACUAGCUGACGAGAUUGUGCUCCUGGACGGCCGAACGCCGGUAGCUUUCCUUUCAGCCCAGUUUGAGAUCAGUAACCCAUGUUUGCCUUCGACGGCACGUCCUCCUCCAGCCAGCAACGACGGAUUUCCUAGGAUCUUUGAUCGGAUCCGACCUGGUUGCGUGGUCUACUGGAGCGAGUCUGUGAAACUGGAUUGGGAUGUGCCAGCGGCAGUGGACCGGCAGGAUAUCGAGGUGGAAGUUGUAUUGGUGGGGAACGAAGUGGACGUUUCCAAGCUAGAACAGGGGCGCUGCCAGCCAAAGAGAAAAUGCCUUUCCACCAAACUCGGCUCCAUGCAGCUGCGAUCCGGGCAGCACAGCCUCGUGAUGUGCUCGUCACACCUUGUGAGGGACGGCAUAAUGUGCUGUCACUUGCAGGCCAAGACCCUCAUGAACAGAAAGCUCCAGCAGCAGUUGGAGGAGAUAAAUGUGCCGGGGGAGGAGGAACAAAUCGGAGAUUUCGAAUCUGUAGAGAGCUUGCUUGGCAAUCAAAUGGAGGAGGUUUACAUGCAGCUGCAGCUGCACUACUCCACUGCGAUUCGAUUGCUUGCGCACCGAGAUAGCAUGGCUCGUAGGUAUCAGGAGGAGAUUGAGCGCCUCAAAACGCAGAUGGACGCGAUGAAGCCUUCCAGUGCCAAAGAGAGAGAGGCAAAACAGAUGAAGAUUUUGGUGUCGCAGGUCAAGCUGUACAAGGACAAGUACUUGGAGCGUGAUAAGUCAGCUAGAGCUAUCGAAGAGGAGAACUACGAGCUGCGAGAGCAAUUGGCAGCCCUCAAGACCGUCGGAGUGUCUUAUGCAUACUCGCAGGCCGACACAUCGAUGCUUAUGCGACCGGGCAGCCCACACAGCCCCAGCAAGCCUGAGCCACUAGCAUACGCUGCUUACGCGCCUCCGGCGGACACUGGAGACCCACUGGCGAGGUUGGAGAAGGCACAGAUGAGACUGGACACCUGGGCAUCGCAAAAUCGCGCUUCCCUCAAGCGGAACCUCACAGGCCUCGUCAAUGUUCAGGAAUUACCGAACAUGGAGCUUCCUGGUGCGGUGGCCACACGAGGUGCCUAUGGCCCGGGUCCGCCGAUACUGCCGGAGCUAGAUGAUGACGAAAUCGAGAAGCCGGAGGACGAGCCGGCAGAAGAAGAGGAGCCGCAGGAAACUGCUUACUACAUCCGAGCAUCCAAAAACCGAGUGCAAGAAGAGGAAACCGGACUUGGACUCGUAAUGCAAAAGCUUCGCGGGUACUGGCAAGCCUUCUUCUUCCAGGGGGAAAGAGAUAUGCAGGACACGUACUACAAAACCGGACUUUGCCAGUACAUUGCACGCAGCCAGACUUUCGAGAAUGCGACAAUGGCCGUCAUCGCAGUGUCUUGGUGGUCCUUUCAACAGGGAGUGGAGAUUCCAGCCAAUUCGGUGUGGUUGGGCGUGGACGUCACCUACAAUGACCAGCUUCUCCUCAUCAAUUCUCAGCCAAUCUUCAUCAUCAUGGAGAACCUCUUUUGUACAUACUUCUUCCUGGAGGUGUGGCCGAUCGUCAUUCGCUUCGGCGCCUUUCGGAGGAAAUGCAACGUCUUCCGGGACUACUGGUUCGUGUUUGACCUUGCGCUGGUGCUGGCGAUGGUUCUGGACACAUGGGUUCUUCUUGCCAUCAUGGCCUCAUCAGACAUGGAUGUUUCGGUUGUGAACUCCUCAUCUUUGCGGCUCCUGCGCAUCAUCCGCAUCAGCCGACUUGCGCGAGUCGCGCGGAUCUUGCGCUCUGUGCCAGAGAUGAUGAUCCUUUUCCAGGGCAUGGGAGUUGCCUCCCGCUCUGUGAUUUGCACGGUCUCUCUUCUGGUCAUACUGGUCUAUGUUUUUGCGCUCGUCUUCAUGCAACUCCUCAGGGGCACGGCUGCGGGAGAUGCGUACUUCCCAUCGAUUACCAAGGGGAUGUUUGCCCUCUUCUUUCACGGUUGUCUCGGCGAGUUUCUGCCAAACCUCGCAGAAGCUGUCUUCGAUGAAGGAAUCGAUGUCGGCUUUUUCCUGAUCCUUUUUGUCUUCCUGGGCCCGUUAACGGUCAUGAACAUGGUGGUGGCCGUGCUAGUUCAUGUGGUUAGCUCCGUUGCGACGCUGCAGCAGAAGAACCAGCACAAUGGCCAGAGCCUCAGCCAGCUUCGGCAGAUUCCACUUUCAGCCAUGGCAGUUUUCUUGGAAGUUGGGGUGGACGUAAUUGCGAUCCUGAAGGAUCCAGACAUUAUCUUUGGGGGCUACUCGGUAGGUGAGGUGCGCUUGCCCAUUGACGAGCUGCUGGACGAGGUGAUAACUCUCCGAGGUAGCAACUUCACCACGGUCAAGGACCUGGUCCAGCUUAAGAACCAGCUUGUGCGGGAGCUGAGGGCAAGCGCAGAGCUGGAUGUGCAGUGUCUGUUGAACUUGCGGUGGCUCGAAAUCGACCGGUCCCAUGCACAUUUUUUGAAAGAGGGUGUGAGAAGAAUCAUGCAACUUUUGAAGCUCUCGAUGUCUUUGGGGAGCCAUGCUUCGAUACUUUCAAUUUCAGCUCUUGCGAGCCUCUUGCCUGGCAUAGCAGGAGAUGUUUCAUGCGGUGGUCACAUGGCACUGCUGUGCUCACGUUGCGUCGAGUCGCAGCCGGCUGAGGAUGCAGCGAACUUCUGCAACGGGGACUGCAGGUGGACCGGCGAAAAAUGUGUCUUGCGAGCAGACAGGCUGAUAAAUUGCGGUGGUCACCGCGCAAAGACCUGUGCGCAAUGUCCCGAUGGGCAUGGUGGUGGCUGGUGCCAUGGGUGGCUCCAUCUUGAACACCUCAUCAAAAUCGUAGGCUACGCAGCUUCAGCGGGCGGCAGCAUGCAGGUGGCAUUGGUGACGGGAGCUUCCAGCGGGAUAGGGGCGGCCAUCGCCGAGAAGAUGGCGGAGACGUACCGGCUAGCGCUUUUGGCUCGUUCGGAGAGCAAGCUCCAGGACCUUGCGAAGAAAAUAGAGCAAGCCAGAGGAGAGCGGCCUCUCGCGCUUGUUGCUGAUGUGACAGACCGAGCCGCCAUGGAAGCUGCCACCAAGGAGAUGAAUGCCAAGCUGGGGCCCGCCGACGUGCUGGUGCAUUGUGCUGGCAUGUGGUCCUACGUGAGGGCAACUGCCGAUGCUCCUGCAGUUCACGAUCACCAUGCGGAUCUUGUUGCUGUGCAUUGCAAUGGGACGUUGAACGCAGUGGAGGUGACCUUGCCAGGGAUGCUGGCCAAGAAGGAUGGCCAGAUCAUGCUGAUCACUUCCGAGAAUGCCCGCCAGGUGUGGAAGGGCCUGACCGUGUACUCGGCUUGCAAGUUCUGGAAGCAGGCCUAUGCCACGGGUCUGCGCAUGGAGCUGGAGGGCAGUGGCAUUCGAGUGCUGACCGUGCAGCCUGGGGAGGUGGACACCCCCGGGCGCAAUCUCGUCGUCGAUGCGGAGGGCGACCGUAUGUUCAACCCGCUCGUCAACACUGACAGCAUCCCAGACUCGAUGCCGCCGGCCAGCAUCGCCGAUGCCGUCGCCUAUGCGCUUUCCCAACCGCCGGUCGUCAGGGUCAACGAGAUACUCAUUCAGUGA